AUCUAUAUCUCUCCCUCGGAAAUGGAAACACCAAUUUAGGAAAAAGAGAAGAAAUCGAAGACUAAAUAAGUGGAUUUCCCACAAAAUAUCCUACCUAGUAUGAUCUCCAGAACCAGCUGAAGUGUUUUCGAGCCUAUCUCUCUUCUUCUCCUUCUCUCCACCACCACCCGAUUUCGCAGAUUAUGCAGCGCUUAGAUGUAAAACAGCGCUAUGAGGCGGUGAUGAAGGACGGAUUGAGCGAUUUUGAAAAGAGUUUUUACAAAAAUCUCAAGAGUGGAAAGCUCGAGGUCAAAGUCUCCUACCGUACUUUCCUGUGUCCUUAUUGCCCCGACAACAAGAAGAAGGUUGGUCUCUAUAUUGACAUCCUUCAGCAUGCUUCUGGAGUUGCUAAUAGCAAUUCCAAGAAACGAAGUUUGACUGAGAAGGCAUGCCACCGUGCUCUUGCCAAAUACCUUCUUAAGGAUCUUGCUCAUUACGCUUCAACUAGAGUCUCCAAGCGCUUACAAGCCAGAGCAGCAUCCACUCCUGCUGAACAACCAGGCGUUGUUACUCUUCCUGUUUAUGAUGAUCAGUUCGAGAAACUUGUCUGGCCUUGGAAAGGAAUUUUGGUCAAUAUUCCCACAGUGACACAAGAUGGUCUGCUUUGUACUGGAGAGAGUGGACCAAAACUUAAGGUAGAAUUAAUCCGAAGAGGAUUCAACCCAAUUAGAGUUCGUACCGUGUGGGACCGUUUUGGUCAUUCAGGAACCGGAAUUGUCGAAUUUAAUAGAGACUGGAACGGACUUAAUGAUGCUUUGGUGUUCAAGAAGGCUUACGAAGCAGAUGGCCAUGGGAAAAAGGAUUGGCUUUGUGGUGCUACUGACUCGAGCCUUUAUGCAUGGCUUGCUAAUGCUGAUGAUUACUAUAGGGCUAACUAUUUAGGAGAAAAGUUGCGGAAGAGGGGUGACCUCAAAAGUAUUUCUAUGUUUGCAGAUGAAGAGGCCAGGAAAGACCAAAAGCUUCUGCAGUCUCUUAACGUAAUGGCUGAGACCAAACAAAGUCGGUUGAAGAAGUUAGAGGAAAAAUAUUCAAAGGAUUCAAUUAAACUUAAGUAUGAGACUGAAGAAAAAGAAAAGAUUCUCCGUGGUUACACUGAAGAUCUGAUGGGAAGACAACAAAAAUCGACUGAUCACUUCAAUAGAAUCUUUGCUGAUCAUGAAAAGCAAAAGGCGCAGCUGGAGUCUCAGAUAAAAAAGCUUGAAAUUAAAGAACUGGAGUUGGCGAAACGUGAGUCUGAGAAUGAAACACAGAGGAAAAUAUUGGCAAAAGAGUUUGAACAGAAUGCUGCUAUAUGUAGUUACGCUCAACUAGCUGCUGUGGAACAACAAAGAACCAGAGAGAAAGUGCAAAAUUUGGCUGUAGAUCACAAGAUGCAAACGGAAAAGCUUCAUAAGAGAAUUGAUGCACUAGAAAGAGAGCUUGAUCAGAAACAGGAGCUUGAAUUGGAAGUCGAGCAACUGAAAGGAGAGCUGGGCCUGAUGAGACACACGGAAUUGGACGGUGGUUCUGAAAUUCUCAACAAAGUGGAGACAUUCCUCAGAGACCUUAGUGAGCAGGAAGAAGAGCUUGAACACUUAAAUAAAUUUAAUCAAGAUCUUGUUGUACAAGAGCGGAAGAGCAAUGAUGAGCUUCAAGAAGCUCGUAGAGCAUUGAUAAGCAAUUUAAGAGAGACGAGCUCGCAUAUUGGUGUUAGGAGAAUGGGGGAGCUUGAUACCAAACCGUUUAUGGAAGCAAUGAAACUAAAAUAUUGUCAAGAAGAUCUGGAGGAAUGGGCAGUUGAUGUUAUCCAGCUCUGGGAGGGAUAUCUUAAGGACCCAGAUUGGCAUCCAUUUAAACGGAUAAAGCUUGAGACUGAAGAAACUGUAGUGGAAGUAAUAGAUGAGGAGGACGAGAAGUUAAGAACCCUGAAGAAUGAACUGGGGGAUAAUGCGUACCAAGCAGUGGCUAACGCAUUGCUAGAGAUAAACGAGUAUAAUCCGAGUGGAAGGUACAUUUCUUCAGAGCUGUGGAACUUCAGAGAAGACAAGAAGGCUACGCUUGAGGAAGGUGUUACUAGUCUACUGGAGCAAUGGAAUCAGGCCAAUCGUCAUAAGCCUUAGAAGAUUAUAUUUACAUUUAUCCGUUGCAGGAGAUGGGAAAUAAGUUUUGAGCAUAAAGGAUGUCAAGAUGCCAGGUCAGGUUCAACAAGUGUCUGGUCUUUGAUGCAGUAUGGGUCUUGGAAUCGGGAAGUAGGUGGAAAUUACAAGAGGAUGGCUUGAAUUUGGGAUGUGGGCUCGGAGUUGGAACCGUUUCCAGUUCUACACUUGGACGGUUCAACAUUGUAGGAAAGUAGAGUAACUAACAUUGGUAGAAGGUUCUAAAACUUUAGAGAAGGUCUUUGAAUUUGUGAAGAAAUAAACACAUCAACUUAGUUAGUCUUUCACCAAGAAGAAACACUCCAUUGUAUUAUAUUUCCUAGUCUUAGAGCAAAUAUUAUAUAUCUUUCAACUUUAGGUUA